CUUCUAUUUCUCCUUCCCCUCUCCCGUCUCUUCCUUCCAUCGAUCGAGCUCGCCCGAAUCUGGAGAGCAAGCCGAACCCUUUCCCUCGAAUCAUAUCCUCCUAACCUUGCCGUCUCCCUGGAGUGCGAUCAAAAUCGCUCCUUUCGAUCCUUUUCGCGGCGAAUCUGACGAUCGGAGGUGCGUUGGAGAGACGAGGAGCGUAAAGGUCGGGCCUUUGCGGGUGCUCUGGGGUGGGAGAUGGGCGGGGUAACGUCUUCGGUGGCGGCGAAGUUUGCAUUCUUCCCGCCGAGCCCGCCGUCGUACGGGGUGGUCGUGGCGGACGCGGCGGCGGGGCGGCUGGAGAUGACGGAGGUGCCGGCGCGGGAGAACGUGGAGGUGCGGCGGCUGCGGACGAGGCGGGGGACGGAGAUCGUCGCCAUGUACGUGAAGAAUCCCGCGGCGAGCCUUACCGUGCUCUACUCCCACGGCAACGCCGCCGACCUCGGUCAGAUGUUUGAACUCUUCUGUGAGCUCAGCAAACACCUUUGCGUCAACCUCAUGGGGUACGAUUAUUCUGGAUAUGGGCAGUCUUCUGGAAAGCCAAGUGAGCAAAAUACUUAUGCAGAUAUAGAAGCUGCUUAUAGGUGUCUUGAAGCAUCUUAUGGAAUCCAUGCAGAAGAUGUUAUCCUUUAUGGCCAAUCAGUUGGUAGUGGGCCUACACUGGAAUUAGCGACUCAUUUACCUAACUUGAGAGCAAUUGUUCUCCAUAGUCCCAUUUUGUCUGGUCUGCGUGUCAUGUAUCCCGUGAAGCAUACAUACUGGUUUGACAUUUAUAAGAAUAUUGAUAAAAUUCCCUUGGUCCAAUGUCCAGUGUUGGUAAUACACGGAAUGGCUGAUGAUGUUGUGGAUUCAUCACAUGGGAAACAGCUUUGGGAACGUUGCAAAGAAAAGUAUGAGCCUUUAUGGAUCAAGGGAGGGAAUCACUGUAAUUUGGAACUGUUCCCAGAGUUCAUAAGACAUCUUAAGAAGUUCAUAUCAGUCAUAGAAAAGGCACCUCCAGCUAGAACUGCGUCUUCCGAGAACUCUGUUCUCCGGAAUCCUCCUAGUACGAGCACCGAUUAUUUGGAUCAUCAGAGAAAAAGCACGGAUCGGAGGGAAAAGCCAAGGCCAAGUACUGAUCGUAAGGAUAAGGGUAGGAACAGUACAGAUAGGAGAGAGAAGCCAAGGAUUAGCACAGAUAAGAAAGAAAAAUCAAGAAAAAGCUUUGAUGUCACUGACAAAGCGAGAAGCUGUGUGGACCAGCAAGAGAAGCCACGGAAAAGUUUUGACCGAUUUGGAGGAAUGAUAAAGUCAGUCAACUUGUGCAAUAUUGACUGUUUCAGAGUCCCAGCUUCUCAGGCCGAGGAGUGCAAAGGUCGGUGUUAGUACCACCCUUUGGCUGCAUGAGUAUUGAUAUAAUGAUUGUUUUAAUUGUAUGGGGAUAUUAAAGUGGUGGAAAUUUAUCCGUGUUUAUUCAAGAAUCGAUAAUUUUGAGUUGUUUUUGCCACUUAUCUCCCAUAAAUGCAAAUUUUCUCUUAUA